GAGAGAAAGAAUGAAUUGUGUCAACGCAGAGGAGGAGAGGAGGAGGAGAGAGACGGAGGAGCCUUUCAAUCUGAUCCGGCGAUCGGAAAAUGAAGAUGGGAGGCAAUGAUGAUGAGCCAGAGCCGCGGAUGGCGGCGGCCGAGCCGAAGCAGUGGCGUCGAUUCGAGUUCGACGUGCUCCUGAGCUUCAGCGGCAGCGACGCGCGCGGCGAGGGGUUCGCGGGCCGCUUGUCGGCUGCGCUGAAGCAGCACGACGUGCGGACUCCUCCAGCGGUCGGCGUGCCGGAGAAUAAGCAGGUGACGGCGCUUCCGCACGUGGAGGCUUCACAGGUCUUCCUGCCCAUCAUCUCCGAGUCGUACGCGGACUCGGGGUGGCGCCUCUCGGAGCUUGCCAAGAUGGUGGCGUCGGCCUGCGGCGGGAGGGUGAUACUUCCGGUGUUCCUCGGCGUCGAUCCGUCGGACGUCCGCCGGCAACGGGGGCCCUUCGAGGCCGCAUUCCGGAGGUUGGAGGAGGAGUCCAGGGCGGAAGAGAAGGGCAGCGUGAGUGAGUGGAGAGACGCCAUGAAAGAGGUGGGAGAGAUCGUUGGGUACGUUGUGGACAGCCACGCUGAUGACAGGAAUGCAGCAAAGCUAGUCCAAGUGAUUGUGAAGAGGAUUCUAAGUGUAAUAGCUGGAACUACUUUGGAUUUGACAGAACACCCCAUUGGAAUUGAUUCACGAGUGCAGCAAGUGUUGAAACUGUUGAAACUCUCAGCUCCAGAUGUUCGCAUAAUUGGGAUUCACGGAAUGGCUGGGAUCGGAAAAACAACUCUUUCAAAGGCCAUCUACAAUACAAUUUCUCACCAAUUCCAAGGAAGAAGCUUUAUAUCAAAUAUCAGAGAAGUCUCCAAACAGCCAAAUGGGCUUGUCUCUCUACAAAACCAGCUUAUUCGUGACAUUUUCAAAGGCAAGAUUCAACCUGUACGUGGAGUUAGCCAGGGAACAAGUAUAAUGAAGCAGAGAUUUCAUACGAAGCCAAUUCUCAUUGUUCUAGAUGAUGUUGACGACAAGAAACAGCUUGAUGCACUGGUUGGUGAGCGAGAUUCGUUCUGUGCAGGAACAAGGAUCAUAAUUACAACAAGAGAUGAGCAUAUCUUGAACAUUUUGAAUUUGCAGCAGGAACCAAAAUGGUGUCAGAUUUAUACUGUUGAGAGAUUGAACAGAAUUCAAUCCCUUCAGUUGUUGAGUCAUCAUGCAUUCAGGAAGGAUUGGCCAUUGGAAGAGUAUAUGAAGCUCUCUGAAGAAGUUGUAUCACUUCUGGCUGGACUCCCUCUUUCUCUAGAGGUGUUUGGAUCUUUAUUGUUUGAUAAGAGGAGCACAAAAGAAUGGGAAGAUGUUUUAGACAACUUGAAGCAAAUUGAACCAGAUGAUGUCCAAUCGACAUUAAAACUAAGCUAUGAUCAGCUUGAUGAAGCAGAAAAAUGUUUAUUUCUGGAUGUUGCAAGUUUCUUUAUUGGAAUAGACAAAGAUAGUGCUAUUCAUGCAUGGAAGGGCUGUGGUCUCUUCCCUUACAUAGGAAUCAAGGUUCUUCAACACAAAUCGCUGCUUAGUAUCAAUGAGAAAAACAACGUGAUAGAGAUGCAUGAUCAACUUAGAGACAUGGGGAGAGAAAUCAUCAGGCAUGAAAGCCCUUUAGAGCCUGGAAAUCGCAGUAGGCUGUGGAGUCAUGAUGAAAUCUUGCAUCUACUAAAUGAUCGGAAAGGAACUGAGAGUGUUGAGAGUAUAACCCUGAACUUCAAAGAUGUCAAGAAACGUGGGAAGAAGACCUAUUUGAAAGCACAAGCUUUUGCAGCAAUGCCCAAUCUUAGGUUGCUUCGUCUCAAUUAUGCGAAAAUUCAAGGUGCAUAUGAAGAUUUUCCUAGAAGAUUGAAAUGGUUAGAAUGGCAAGGGUGCCCACUGGAAUCACUUCCAUGUAACUUUAACCUUGAAGAAAUUGCAGUUCUCGACUUGUGUAAAAGUAGAAUAUGCCAAGUGCUGAAAAAGCAGGUGCGGCAGACUAACAAGAUCUUUGACAAAUUGAAGGUUCUCAAUCUCAGUCAUCUGGAUCAUUUGACUGUAACUCCUGACCUUGCCAACUUCCCUAGAUUGGUCAGAUUAGUGCUUGAAGGAUGCAGCAAAUUGGUCACAAUUCAUGAAUCAAUCGGGAAGUUGAUAGACUUGGUCAUCUUGAAUAUGAGCGACUGCAAAGAACUGGUCAAGCUCCCACAUCAUAUUUGUCAUUUGAAGUCCCUAAAAGUCCUUAUGCUUUCAUGUUGCUUAAAACUUGACACUUUACCAAAAAGAUUGGGAGAUUUGGAAUCUUUAACAGAUCUUGUCCUUGAUGGAACUGCAGUAAAAGUGUUGCCUAAAUCUGUGGUGCAAUUGUCAAACCUUUGUCGGCUAUCUUUGAAUAUGUGUGAAUCACUGAAAGAAUUACCAGAUUCUAUUGGAAGCCUGCAUUCGCUGGAAGUGCUUAUAUUAGACUGUACUUCAAUAAGAAGAAUACCAGAUUCAAUAGGAUCAUUGGAAAAGCUUCAAAAGCUAAGUGCCAGAAACUGUAUGUCACUAGUGUCCCUUCCUAAUUCCAUUGGCAAUGCCAGGAGUUUGAUUAAGCUUCUACUGGAUGGCACGUGCAUAGUGGAACUGCCCAAUUCUGUAGGACUAUUGGACCAACUGCAGGUGCUGUCAGUAUCUGAUUGCAUGAAUCUUACUUCUCUACCUGAAUGUAUGGGAAAACUUUCAAGUUUAUCUCGUCUGAAGAUGCAAAACACUAGUAUCAGUUAUUUGCCUGAAGAUGUGAGUCUGCUUGUGAACUUGCACACGUUCGACAUGGAAUUAUGUCCAAUUAAUCGACUUCCACAGAAUUUUGGAAGUCUAAGCAAUCUGAGAGUACUAAAUUUGCGUGGGAACUCUAAUCUUGAUAUACUUCCCCCUACUUUCUCGUUGCUUCGCUCCUUACAAGAAUUAGAUCUGUCAAAAUGCAAUUUGUCAAAUGGCGUAAUUCCUAAUGAUUUCGGACGCCUAUCAUCUUUGAAGUUCUUGAUGUUAGACUCUAACGACUUCUGCAGCCUACCAUCAAGUAUUGGAGAUCUUUCUGCACUCAAAACACUUUACUUACGUUACUGUCAGGAGCUUCAGUCUCUCCCCCAACUUCCUGCAUCUCUGACUUUCUUGGAUCUCAGUUGCUGUAACACUCUGGAAAGCGUUGAUCUCACCAACUUGGUGUCUUUACAAACAUUAUAUCUGUCUGAUUGCGAAGGACUUCUAAAUGUUUGUGGCCUUGAAAAGAUGAAGUUCUUGAGACUCCUACACAUCCGUGGCUGUGGUAACCUCGAUUCUGCUACAAAGGAUUCACUUGUUAAGGAAACGUUUGAACGUUUGGAGGUUUUGGAAAUCUCAGGAGUGCAGGCUUCCGAGUUUCACUUGCAUCAUCAAUUCUCCAUUUGGCUUCCGAAUACUUCGAAGCCUAAACUUAAGGUGGUAGAAGCGAUAUUGUCCUUGGAUGUCACCUUCAACAGGUUGAUACUACCAAUUGUUCGUAUUCAAGUUACUAUUAUGUCUGGUGACAAAGAAGUCUAUGGAAUUACAAGCAGCUUUCGGUGGGCAACUAAAAAUAGUGAUUAUGGUACUUACUGUUUCCGUUGCCAAGAAAAUGAUCCAAUGCUUGACCACAUACAAGAUGGAGACUGGAUCAGGGUAUCAAUUGAAAGAAUCCCUUGGUGCAGAGAGCUUCAAGUGAACAAGUGUUACAUAUACAUUGCUUAUAGGCCACGGGAAACUCCAGGAUUGUUGGAUUUCUUCCUUGAAGAAAACCCAGACUUCCAAGAUCAUGUGUUCACCACCAGGGAAUUACUUGAAUACACGUCUUCUGAUGAUGAGUCUGUCUCUUGGUAGUUGAAAAGGACAUAUCCCCACGUACGCCAUGCAAUUAACUCAAAAUCACUCGGCAGCAUUUGCAGAGCCAACCAAGAACCCCAUGAGGCAACAUAAUGCCUUGUGCUUCUUCGAACAUGACUCAUCAGCAGACAGUUACACAGAAAGAGCGCUCGAUGAUGUCAAGCCUUCACUAACUACACAUCACCAUCGUCUCUUCAAGAGAUCGAGGUCUCCCUGUUCCAUGAAGAAAGUUGUACGUCCCUGUUAAUGGGCAGGUAUUGCUCAUCAACUUAGGAUCCUGUGAGUCGGUCGGUCGAUCUUAUGAUGUAAUAAUGGCACUUAAUUGGUGGGUAGUUUUUCUUUUUUCCUUUCUUGCUGGCAUUUGGUGGCUGGUUGUGCAUGUGCGCCCGCACACCAAGAUGUGUUUAUCUACGCGCAUAAAUAAUAGAAUAUGACAACCUAUGCGAAGGUAUGAGCCGUCGAUCUCUUCUGAUCUAACCAGACAGGUGUGUAAUUGUAAAUGGCAACAAACGUUUUGACUUCGAAAUGUAAUGUGCCAUUCGAUGUUGGAUGGCUUUCAUUGGUUA